GAAGAAGAGUGUAGCGGGUGCCUGAAGUACCUGCUUCGUUUGUGUUCUCGGUUUAAUCUCUAAUUUACAGGAUGGCACAGUGGGGGGCCAUAUUCUCAAUAAUUGUUGCUCUCGGAGGAGCAGCACUCUUGGCCUCCGUACACAAGAUCGAUGAGGGACACACUGGAGUUUACUACAGGGGAGGAGCUCUCCUGACUAUCACCAGCGGCCCUGGUUUUCAUCUUAUGCUUCCAUUUAUCACAACCUACAAGUCUGUUCAGACGACGCUGCAGACAGAUGAGGUGAAGAAUGUUCCAUGUGGCACAGGUGGAGGAGUGAUGAUUUACUUUGACCGCAUAGAAGUGGUGAACUAUCUGGUUCCAUCAGCAGUGUACGACAUAGUGAGGAACUUCACCGCAGACUACGACAAAGCUUUGAUUUUCAACAAGGUGCACCAUGAGCUCAACCAGUUCUGCAGUGUUCACUCGCUGCAGGAGGUCUACAUCGGCCUGUUUGACCAAAUUGAUGAAAACCUGAAGUUGACGUUACAAGAGGAUCUAACAUCCAUGGCACCUGGACUAAUCAUACAGGCGGUGCGCGUUACAAAGCCCAACAUCCCAGAGAGCAUUCGCCGUAACUAUGAGCUCAUGGAGAGCGAGAAGACCAAGCUGUUGAUCUCUGCACAGACGCAGAAGGUUGUGGAGAAGGAGGCAGAGACCGAAAGGAUCAAAGCUGUGAUAGAGGCUGAGAAAUUGGCACAAGUGGCAGAGAUCAAGUUUGAACAGAAAGUCAUGGAGAAGGAAACGGAGAAAAAGAUUUCUCAAAUUGAAGAUGGAGCUUUCCUGGCCCGGAUGAGAGCCAGGGCAGAUGCAGACUUCUAUACAGCGCAGAAAGCCGCCGAUGCCAAUAAGAUGAAGUUAACACCAGAGUACCUGCAGCUAAUGAAGUUCAAGGCCAUCGCAGCCAACAGUAAGAUCUACUUUGGGAACGACAUACCCCAGAUGUUUGUGGACUCUGGCUCUGCAGGGAGCUCCAUUAAAACCUCCGCAGCCAUGGACAUUAUGGCUGAGCAGAUCCUGGACCUGGAUUAAGUAGUGGGACGCACAGGACCACCCAGGGGUGGGGGACUGUCUGUUGGAGGGCAGUAGCCUGACCCACAGGCUGCCAGGUUCAUCUGCUGACUCCGAGAAGUUCUGCUGACAAGGGCCGGUAUUUCUCAAAUAUCUCAGAAUCACUGCUAGAAGCCAUGUUAAAAGUUCAUUAGAAAGUUGACAAAAAAUCACUAUAAAUUAAAAUUCCUCUUCCUCAGAGAAGAGCACUGGAGAUAUUUUCCUACUCUCGUUGUUCUGAUUAGCAAUGGCACCAUCUACUCAGAACCAUAAUAUAGGUGGAGGAAAAACUAGAUGAUAGAGCAUCACCCAUGGAUGACAAGCCCCUUUAAAACUGACAUUAGCCAACGCAGCACAUUUUUAUUUCGUAAUUUAGCCUCUGCACAGCUUUAAUUGCCCAUGUGGCAAGUGUACCCACUUACAACAAAACCAAAAUCUUCUCUCACUGCUUGUGUGUUAAACUGUGUUAUCCAUCUUGUGACGUGUUGAGCAUUAAAGUAGUGAUAUUUGUUAACUGUUGUUGCGCUGCAUUGUCCUUGUUACAUGAAUUGACCAUUUGCUAAAAGUCUCAUUCCUCUGAAGCCAUUUUCAGACCUGAACUCAGAACGCUACGUGAACGCCUUUCACUUAUGAAAACUGCGGCAGGAGAUUUUCAAUGCGGCAGGUGACAGGAAGCGCAGCAUAAAAAGAGACGGGGCUUAAUGUUAAAAAUUCCAACGCUGAUCACGUUUUUGCUCACAGCACAUUGACACUAGUGUUGAUAUGCUGCUCAAAGCAUCCUGAAACAGACACUUUUAGCAUUUUUGUUUCUGUAGCUAUGUUGGUAAACUAGCGCCAACAUGAGCGCCAUCAGCUGGUUGAAAUGAGGACUACAGCUGACUUUCUAAUAUUGCCAACUAAUUUAUACGAUUCUGACAAGAAUAAUGUUAAUGAUAUAAAUCCAUCAUCAAUUACACAAUGUUCCCUGAGUAGCCCCAAUAGAAUGGUGACGAAUUAAUGAAUGAAUUAUCUGUUAUUGUUGCUUUGCUUGUUUUUUUAUGUGAAACACCUUUAAUAGAAUGUAUUUAAUUAAUUUUUGAGAUUAUUAAUUUAAGAUAGAAUUCUUAAUGAAAAAACUUAUUGUUGACAUUUCUAUGAAUAAUUACAUUUUCUUAUUCAACUUUCUGUCCAUUUUUGGGUUUGGCUCAUAAACAUAUAUGUUGAUCAAAUGUGUAAACAGAUAUUGGAAUAAAUCAAAGAAAUCAAAGUUGCAAAAAAAGGCCCAGAUUACCAGAAUUCGCUCCUUUCAAUACAGAUUACCACUCUUUCUACAUCCCCAUCAACACCACCUUUUAGAGGGGUUGACAAAAUGCAAAAAGAGCUGUUUAGAUCUAGAUAAUCUUUUUUUAGGAAACCUAGUUGAUGUCAGUGAUCAUUUUAUAAUACCAAUAUUUAAAAUGAUUAAAAUGUUGACAGAAUGGAGCAAAUAUAUGCGUCACCCUGAGGAUGAUGUUCUGGGAUUCUGAACAGGCUGAAAAAUACUGGCCCAAAUCAGAUCUGUCACUGAAGACAAAUCCCAGGGAAGAUGAAUGUACUGUGUGACUGUCGGCACCAACAUCGUUUCCAUUUGUUUUUAUAUGUUUUUGUAAAAUUUCUCUUCAGCAUUGAUGACUUAUUGAAAUGACUUCGGACCAUGUUUUUGCUGUUGAUGUAUAAACAAGUUUGUGUGUCAGACUGAACCUGUAGUGGAGACGAUGUUUGUGCAAUUGUUUGUUUAAUGUUUUGCAUCAGGAUUUUUAUUGAAAAAAAAAAUAGAUGGAGUUGAUGUGACGAUGAAGCAGCAUUUUGUACUUUUGUUUGAUAACCAAACUAUAGAUAUGUAACAUCAGCUCCAUUUUAGCCAUUUUUAAGGAUAAUUAUAGAAAGCAUCGCAUGUGUGUCAUGUAAGAAUCUCUACAGGACACGUAGUUUCCAAGUAGAGAUUUUUCUUUGAGCCUUCGGCAACAUGACCCACCGUCCAGUAGGAGGCAGAGGUUGUAGGAUGUGAGAUGAAGAAAGCUAUAAUAUGUAAGUCAUAGUCUGUAGGAGUCAAUUAUUCUCUGUGGACACUUGAAACCUUUUCAUAGACAUCUUGAGAUGAUCAGGACCAAAAAACCCGUUGUUUACUUUGUCCAAUUUGUCCAACUGUUGACAAAAGGUUCAUGUUUGAUUGUCAGUUUUGUGUUGUGGCACAGAAUGCAAGUUAGUGACCAAAUGAAAAAGAACCACGCAACACACUGUCAACAUCAGACUCAUUUCAUUUCAUAGCUCAAGGUUUAGUAAGGAGUUAACAAACCACAUUUGUUUAAGUCAUGUUUCGCAACUGAUUCAGGGAAAUUGGUUUACUUUUUUUUCCAGAGUCUUUAGCACUAAGCUAAGAAGCUUUUAUCCUGAAUUCACUUUAACCUUCUACAAACAGAUAUUAUGUUCUUAAUCACUCCAAUCUGCUGAUUUCCUCAAAAGUUGUUCUAGUUAACCCUCAAAGUGACGACUGUCAUUUUAGUUCUUCUUGGAUUGAUUUAGAAUUAUGACGAUUUGAAGGGCCAAUGCUUUUGCACUGAUUUUAAUAGUUUGUGCAAUUUGGAUUUUGUCAUUAGAUAAUAAAGCACUAUGGGUUAUUGUGGGAGACUGGCAUUAUGAAGACUUUUGUUAUGUAUAUUUAAAGUGCACUGUGAUCUAGGAUGAUUAUUCUUAUUAUUACAAUUGUAUAAAAGACAAUAAGUGUGUUUUGAACCCAAUAAAAUGUUGAAUAUCUAAACAA